AGUGUUUGUGGGUUUGGUUCUUUUUGUUCAGCUGCACAGCGGUUCGUGAAACGAGGUGAUAAGCAUUUCCUCAGCUAAAACAGAAGGACUUCUGGGAACAAGUCUGUUGAAUCGUGUGCGCUGUCAGAGCUAUAAGCGCUUUAUGUUUUGUACCUUAUUCGCUUAUAACUAGUAAUUAUAAAUAUGGCGGUUGAUGAUUAUGAGGACCUGCUAAAGUAUUAUGAGCUACAUGAAACUAUUGGAACAGGAGGAUUUGCAAAAGUUAAGCUUGCACGCCAUCUUCUUACUGGAGAAAAAGUAGCCAUAAAGAUUAUGGACAAAGAUUCUCUUGGGGAUGAUUUACCUCGUGUCAAAACUGAAAUUGAUGCCAUGAAAAACCUGAGUCAUCAGCAUGUCUGUAGAUUAUAUCAUAUCAUUGAAACGCCAAAGAAGAUAUUUAUGAUUUUGGAGUAUUGUCCUGGUGGUGAAUUGUUUGACUAUAUUAUUGCGAAGGAUCGUUUAACUGAAGAUGAAGCUCGAAUAUUUUUCCGUCAGAUUGUAUCAGCUGUUGGGUACAUUCACAGCCAAGGAUAUGCACACCGAGACCUUAAACCAGAAAAUCUUCUUAUUGAUGGUGAUCACAACUUGAAGUUAAUAGAUUUUGGGCUUUGUGCGAAACCAAAGGGUGGCAUGGAUUAUCACCUGAUGACAUGCUGUGGCAGUCCAGCUUAUGCAGCUCCAGAGUUAAUUCAGGGCAAAGCAUACAUUGGAUCAGAGGCAGACAUUUGGAGCAUGGGAGUACUAAUGUAUGCACUAAUGUGUGGAUAUCUUCCCUUUGAUGAUGACAAUGUUAUGAUCUUGUAUAAAAAGAUAAUGAGAGGAAAGUAUGAAAUCCCAAAAUGGCUUUCUCCUGGCAGUGUGUUGCUCCUUCACCAGAUGCUGCAGGUAGACCCAAAGAAGAGGAUUACAGUGAAGCAUUUAUUGAAUCAUCCCUGGCUCAUGCAAGGUUACACCUGCCCUGUGGAAUGGCACAGUAAAUUUCCACUUGGUUAUAUAGACGAAGAUUGUGUAACAGAACUCUCCGUUUACCGCAAGCAGAGUAAAUCUACAAUGUCACGCUUAAUAUCUGAGUGGAAUUAUGAUCAAACUACUGCUACUUACCUACUUCUUCAGUCUAAGAAGAGCCGUGGGAAACCUAUUCGCUUAAUGCGUUCAAUGGCUAAAAUGGAACCACUUUAUCAAACCGCUUUUACGGAUCUAAAGGGACUCCCCAAUGUGAGACUUAGUAACUGGAGACAACUGGAAAUCACCUCACUGGGAGAUUUCUACCUUGAUGACAACCUUCUCUCACCCCAAGAAAUGGUGUCGAGGUUUGCUAUCCCUCGCCACCUGGAAUUUGAGAUUGCGAUCACUCGUGAAAGCAUGGGGAUUCCUGACCGACAAGAUCAGAAGUCCCCACCAUUUGGGAGAUUAGAUGAAGAACGGGCCUCCAACUAUUUAAACUCCUCACUACUCACUAUAGAUGCCUACUGGGAGACUGAGCUACGACAGACCCACACAACAUUAGAAUGGACUAAAGCCAUCACAAUGACUAAGUCUGCACUGCACUGUUUUCAAUCAGAUUGUAACAGCAUUGGCUCAGCACCUGCAACACCUGUAAUGCAGAGGAGUGUACCAAAGAAGAAUGAAGAUAAGGAAAACUGUGACUCUAAGGUGGGAAAGGAUGAAAAUCCCUUUUUAUCGCCAGCUCCAUGGACGCCAAUCACAAAGAAGAACCAGACUGAAAAGAAAGGAAUACUCACCACCCCAAACCAUAAUAAUGUUCCAACAAAAGGUAUAAAACCAUUUUAUAAAUGUAGAUGCCGCUCUGUGGAUUUAGACUUGAACCAAGCACAUAUAGAUAGUGCUCAGAAGAAAAAAGGAACAAAGGUUUUUGGAAGCCUUGAAAGAGGCCUAGAUAAAAUGAUUACAAUGCUUACUCCAAGCAAAAGAAAGGGUUACACAAGAGAUGGCCCCAGGAAAUUACGGGCUCAUUACAAUGUCACAACUACAAAUAUUCUGAACCCGGAUCAGUUACUGAAUGAGAUAACUAAAAUCCUUCCAAAGAAGAACGUGGACUAUGUACAAAAGGGGUAUAAGUUAAAGUGCAGAACACAGUCGGAUUUUGGAAAGGUGACAAUGCAGUUUGAGCUAGAGGUAUGCCAGCUGAGCAAACCUGAAGUUGUUGGUAUCAGAAGACAAAGACUUAAGGGUGAUGCUUGGGUGUACAAGAGGCUAGUGGAAGACAUCCUCUCUAGCUGCAAAGUGUAAAAGAUACUACAUAUUAGUUACUGUGAAUUGUUGUACAUAAUUGCCUGUACAUAUAGGUUUCUUAUAUCUGUUAAAGUUGCUCAACUUGAGCAAACAUUUUAGUUUAGCUGCAAGUGGUUAAUAUUUUGUACACAUGUAAAAAAAAAAACUUAAUUAAUUUUAAAUAUAUAUUUUUGUGUAUGUAUGUCCCUUUUUAAAUGUAUUUGUCUAGAUAAUGUACAAUGAUUAUGAUUUCAUAAUAUUUCCGAAAUAAAAUAAUUUGUAAAUGGAAGAAAA